GAAAAAGAGUUUGAAUUGAAAACACAUUUGAAUUUUAAGGAUAUUAAACAGAUAUACAACAUUAGCAUGAAGCUACUAUUAGAUUAGCAGGGGAAAAAAAGGCAGGAUGGGCCGGGGACCAUUCUAUUCCCUCAGUAACUCCGCCCAUGCUUUUCUCUUUAUCUUUAUGCCUAAUAAUUAGUGCUAAUUACACUUAAACAGAUAGCAGCAGAAGUCUAUUUAAGUGUGUCCCUCUUGCUCAUCAACAACCUUUGAAAAAUUAUUUACAGUUAAUAUUUAAGAGAAGAUGACAACAGAAUUACUAAUAUGGUCCUUUUUUAUGCUCUGUCUGGUUGUUCAUUCUGCAUGUGAAAGCACUUCCAACCCUAAAACUGGAGAUCAUACACCUCUGAAGAAGCAGCAUGACCACCUUAAGCAUAAGGAUGUAUAUGAUAUGAUGAACAAAUCAAGCAGAAAAGACCAUCAAAGAAUGCAUGAAGUUCAGCAUUUAAGGAUUUCCCUGAGAGCAAAACCAGUCUACGGUAGCGGCGUCUACCUCAGGCGCCCCCGUCCCACCAAGGGUGCAGCAAGCUCUCUACUAGCUAAGCCCCCCACUUUCUUCCUGUCCGCAGUGCUCAGGCAUGUUGCUGUUGGAUUGAUCAUCUUUGCUCUGUAUUAAUCGCUUGAGGUAAUUUUGCAAACGUGAUUUAGGACGCGAUCGAUGUGGAAGUUUUGCAUGAAACUUUCGCUGUUAAACCCGGCGUUUAAAUCCGUUUCCGAAACCUGCUUCUUAUUUGUAAAUUAGAAUGUCUGCGCCGCCAUCCUACCGGCUGUAUGUUAAUCUUAAUUUUGUGUUCAUUCUUUCAAUUGUGAUGUAUCAAUAUAUAUGUAUAUGCUAUUGGUAUCAUCAACCCCACAUAAAUUUGUACGUUGUUUCCUAGAAAAGAAUAUAGAAACUUCAUGUUCCUGA